AUGGCAACUGAGGCCGCAGGGCCGAAGGUCGUGCAGGCUGUCUGGGCCGCUUUGUUCGGGCCAGCUGAUGCCGAACGCCUAAUCGCGAUCGUUCGCUCGAUUCCAGAACAGUAUUUCACCAAUGGAAAAGAUCCGCAAUGGGUUAUCUCGAAGCGCGCAAUUUCGAUGCAACUAGACAGUUGA